AGGUUAUUUAUUACUUUGUGAGAUAACAACCAUAGCUUUUUUCCUCAUUAUAAAUGCAUUGUCAAGUUGUUUUUAUUGUGCUUGAUAAAUAAUGAUUGAUUUUGAUGCCAAACAAGCAAAAUAUUUUGGGCAUGAUUCAUAAGUGGAUAAUAAGAAAAAUUCUAACCUCCUGAAAAUUGACAGUUGUCUGUAGAAACAAAUUUCCCUGCACUGAAGGUUUUACGUCAAAAUAUUCAUUAUUUUAAAUCAUUUGUGCCUUAGCUAUAUAAAUUUGAAAUAUUUAAAAAAAAAUCAAUUAAUAGGUUGCUAAUUCUCAAGCUUCUAUCAAUGAUUUGAUGAAAGUUGUGAACGACAGUUUUUAGAUAGGUUGUGUUGGUGUGUGUGAGUUGGUGCUUGCCGUUGAAGUGUUGGUGAAUGGUUUGUUGAAUGUUUUUAUAGAAAUUUAUUUAAAAUAAUUAAGAACAUGGAUGAAAAUUCAAUGAACUCUCACGGUGAUAGUUUUAGAAGCGUAAAUUCUAAUCAUGGAAGUGCAUCAACCAGUUCCAGUAAACAGUGGGUUACUUUGAAUGUUGGUGGAACUUGCUUUCUCACUACAAAGACCACUCUUUCUAGAGAUCCGAACUCUUUUUUGUACAGAUUAUGCCAGGAAGACUCAGAUUUAAUCUCUGAUCGUGAUGAAAAAGGUGCCUAUCUAAUAGAUCGUGAUCCUACCUACUUUAGUCCAGUUCUAAACUACCUCAGACACGGAAAGCUUGUUAUAAAUAAGGAUCUACAAGAAGAAGGUGUUCUAGAAGAAGCCGAAUUCUAUAAUAUAGAAGAACUGAUCAGGCUGGUAAAGGAGCGUAUAUGUCAGAGAGACACUCAUCCGCUGAAAGACUCCAAGAAACAUGUCUACCGUGUGUUACAGUGUCACGAAGAUGAGUUGACUCAGAUGGUGUCAACUAUGUCGGAUGGAUGGCGAUUCGAACAGUUGAUAAACAUCGGCUCACAGUACAACUAUGGUAAUGAGGAUCAUGCCGAAUUUCUUUGUGUGGUUUCGAGAGAGUAUGGACAGAGCGUCGACUCAAAAGAGACUGAGCCCACUGAUCGGGCCAAGGUAUUACAACAGAAGGGCUCCCGUAUGUAAAGAAGAACUACAUGGGUUAGUUCGAAACCCAUAUUGAAACCUAUACUGCGCACAAUCAUUUUUAUGGUACGAGUUCUAAAUAAUUAUUGUACUCCACUAGACUCCUCCAAUAUUAUAAAAAAUGGAUUCAAGACGGUAAAGUUCUACCAUAGAGAAAAAAUAGCAUAAGAAGAUAUCCCAUGGUUUGUAGAAUUCAUUCAAAGUUUGGAAGUUUUGUAUCAAAUUAUGGUGUUGUGUAUCAAGUUGAGAUGAUACUGUAUCAUAUUGUGUUGAUACUGUAUCAUGUAUGGUGAUACAGUAUCAUUCUGUUGUGAUACUGUAUCAUUUAUGGUGAUACCAUACAGAAAAAAUAGCAUAAGAAGAUAUCCCAUGUAGGUCGUUCAUGUUCCAAAUUUCAAGCCCAUUUUUUGUGAACUCAAACCGAUUACUUUUUGUGUAGUUGAGAAGUUGAUAUUGUGGUAAUUAUUCAUAUUGAAUGAAAAAGACUAAGAAAUUGUCAAAAACCACAGAUUUAUUGAUACCAAUUGAUUGAUUUAUUGGAGUUUAUCAGAGAUUGACAAUGGUGUAAUAACCGAAACCGGUCUUUCUAAGUAUUAAUAAAUCUGUGGUUUUUGACAAUUUCUUAGUCUUUUUCAUUCAAUCAAGUCGACUACUGUCUAUUAUUACUGUUUUGUUGGGGUGAGAGUGUAAGAACGGCACAGUAUGAGAGACUACCAGCGUCACAUAGCUUCACGGAAAAUAUUUACUUGGACUAUCGGCUUAAGUUAUCAGUGAAAUUUGGAGCAUAAAUGCCCUAUACCAUGGGAUAUCCUCUGGUAUAUUUCCUCUAUGGUUCUAUUUUGUACUCUACUAGAGUUUUCCAGUAUCAAAAAUGGAUUUAAGACGGCAGAUUUAGGUAUGUUUGGAAACUAUUGGAAGAAACAAAUUUCAAUUCCAAUUCAAUGCUGUCAAAUUUUGUCUUGCCCAAAUUUUUCUGACCUGAAGGUUCCUGCUUGAUAUGCUAUAAAAAUAAUAUCCGUUCCAAUGUAUCCUAUAAUCAGUGAGAUUCACUUUAAAAUGUCAGCAUUAGUUGUAUGGCAAACAAACAUUGAUGUUAUUUAAACGUAAUGCCUUUUAACACAAUGAUUGCCUUAGUGCCGGUUGCACAACAGCCGGUUAAAUUUUAACGUCUUGAAGCCGUCUUUUCAAACACGCCUUCUCUGAUUGGUUCUCGUGAAAUUAAUCACUUUUAAAAUCUAACCGUGAUUAAUUCCAUGAGAACCAAUCGGAGAAGCCGUCUUUACAAAAACGUCUUCUCUGAUUGGUUCUCGUGGAAUUAAUCACGGUUAAAAUUUAACCGGCUGUUGGGCAACCGUGCCUUAGUAUUUUAUCUACCAAUGUUAUUACGCUAGUGUCAUUUGUAACAUACACAGGGUGUCCCAAGAAAGGUGUAACAGCUGGAGAUCAUAGAUUCUAAAUUAAAUUUGCAACAAAAAUGUCCAGUAAAAUUUUCCCAUAAAAUCGACCUUAGUUUUCGAGUUAUAAUAGAUAUUUUUGAAAUACGUCAGUAACUAGAAAAAUAUCAGUCAAAAUCUAAGAAAAGAUAAUGGUUAAGUGUUUUAACGUGUAUCCACAUCCAGUGUAUUAAAGUAUAUCCACACUAAAGAUAUGGUUGGAAAGCGGAAUAAAUUUCCAAUAAGAUACAUAUAAUUUUUUUCAUUUGUUUAACGUUUUUGAACUUUCUAUGAGCGUUCAAACGCUUGUUUGAAAUUUGACUUGGAACUCGACGAAUGUACUUUUUCAACUUGAAGCGCUCUUAAAAAGUUCAAAAACGUCAAACAAAGGAACAAAUUGUUUGUAUCUCAUUGGAUAUCUCUUCCUCUUUUCAACCACGGUUUAUAGAAGAAAACGGUAGGUGUCACGCGCAUGUUUGUGCUAAAUUUCCGGUGUAGCUGACGUCAUUCUAUAUCCAAUCACCUGUUUUUAACAAAUAAGUUUCAUAAAUUGCCAAUAGGUAUUAAAAACGUCGGUUGGUGGCGAUGACGCAAUCUAGCUGGCUGGCCACUGCGCACACAUUUCAUGACCACUACCGUUUUCAUCUAAAUACCAUGUUUCCAAUCAUAUCCUUAGAAUUCGAUUUUGACUGACUGUUUUCCAGAUAUUGAUGUUUUUCAAAAUUAUCGAAAAACCUAUAUAUCUCGAAAAAUAAAUCCGAUAUGAGAAAACUGUACUGGACAGUUUUUGUUGCAAAUUUCAUGUAGAAUCUAUGUUCUCGGCUCUGACAUCUUUUGUGGGACACCCUGCAUGAAUGCUGAUGUUCCCAGUUGAAAGUGAAUCCCAUGAUAUAGGUGUGACCAUAAUUUUAUCCGAAAAUAUGUAAAAUUUACACCUAUAUGUGUGAAACUUGUGUGUAGAUGUUGAACGUGUGUUUGUUUCCCUUUAAGGGUGGCUUUCUCCAGAAUUGUUAAAAAUAUUAGACCCGUUUAAUCAAUAUGUGGUCACAUUCUUUCCAAUGUGUUUCAAUUGAGUAAGCUGAUGGCUUAAACUAGAAUUUGGCCCGGUUGAACAAAAACCUGUUAAAUGUGAAUCAUGAUUAAAUCAGUUAGAGAAGGUUUCUCGAAGAAGGUUAAAUUCAAAUCAUAAUUAAAUCACAUGAGAAUCGAUCAGAGAAGGUUUUUCUAAGAAGAAGGCCCCUCUGGUUUGUUCUCGUGACAUUUAAGCGGCAUUAAAAGUUGACAGACUUUUGUGCAACCGGAUCUUUGAGUUUUACUUUUUUGGAGAGAGCGACCCCAAGCUGCCAGUUUUCAAAAAUCAGUUCUGAGUUGGAGAAAAUGUGAAUAAUUUUUGAAAGUUCACUUUUUCCUGUUCAUUGUUGUGUAAGAAUGUCGAGUGUUGAUUGAUGUUGUACUCUAGUAUUAUCUGGUAAUAGUUAUUUUAAAUAAUAUUAUCCAAUUUUUAAAUUUUCCAACUUGACUUUCUUCCUGCCAUUGCUAACAGUAGUUUGAUAAAGUGAGUAAAUAAUUUGAACGAAUGCUUGAAAAAAUC